AUGGCUAUGCCACUACGAUUAAGGCCGUCUGGUCUACCCCGGCAAUUACUCUCCUUCUCUAAACAGCCCACUCUCGCUGCUAGCCGGUGUCAAGGCUCAUCGCGACACUAUGCCACCUCCGACCGACUCCCCAAGAUCGCAGACGCCUCAGUAUGGACAGCGAUGAUCCCGCGCUUUAUCCGCCAGCGCAAGCCCCGCGACCCCGCGAGCAAAAAAUCCAAAGAGUGGAAUCCGGCCACGUUCUAUAUCGUUAUAUUCACCCUCAUCGGAUCACAAGCGAUCCGCAUGCUCACAUUGAAGAACGACUACACGGCAUACCGCCGGAGCACGGAUGCGAAGAUCGAGCUGCUAAAGGAGGUAAUUGAGCGCGUGAAGCGCGGGGAGAAGGUUGAUGUGGAGAAAUUGUUGGGGACUGGUGACGAGGCGCAGGAGAAGGAGUGGGAGGAUGUACUGCGAGAGAUCGAAGAAGAAGAUUCUCUUUGGCACCGUAAGGACAAGAAGGAGCCAGUAGCUCAGCAAGCUGAGGAACCAACUCCGAUACAAAAGUCCCAACCAAAGGAGUCGUCAACGCCAAGUGCAGAUGAGACGAAGAACCCGUCGCCACGGAAGACAAGAUUCUUCUAG